AGCAUCUAACCCCCGGUACAUAGCUACAUGGCUCGGGCGAGAGAAUAGCGACGACACUGGCGGCGGGAUCAUGACCUGCAGCUGCGGGGCCAGAAUCGUCAGCUGGUCAACAACGUGUUAGCUCUCGCGCUGGAUUUAAAACCAAGUGUUCAUCGCACGUCGAUGCAUCAAGACGUUCAGUUCUUUUUUGUUCUGGCCAACACCAUCGAUGUGAGCCCAACUGUCACACACUAUGUUACUGUGCUUGAUUGUCCCGCGUUAGCCCGUAUUGGAAUCUACCACUACCAGUUCUCCUCGUUCAUUGCUUCAUUGGCCAGCAGACGAGAAAGGACACGUCCUGUGCCCACGCCAGCAACCAGGUCUCGGUGGUAACGGAAAUUCUUCACACAUCCACUCGCCUAAGUCUAACUAUAGGCCGAUACGAACAGCAGAGUGGACACGCCAGCUAGCCACGCACCCAGAAAGACCUAUAGCCAGAAAGAUUCUUUUACAGAGUCCAGACUCGUGUGCGUGCCUACUACUAAUCGGAUGCAGUUAUGUCGCGUCUUGUUGGAGCUUGCUGUGCAUCAGCCAGGAGGAUGUGCGUCUUGUUGCUGGCGGCGCUGACGUUUCUUCAGGGUGGUUAUGGCCUGACACCCAUCCCACCAGGCGAUGGCGGAAGAGCGAAGGUUGGUGUACGGACAGAGUCCUCACAGGUCGUGCAGACGACCUUAGAGAACCUGUCGCCAUGCCCCGCACCUCACCACCCACUGCUGGCCACAUUGCGCAAGGGUUUGGCCUUGCAGAAGGUCACCACCCAAGACCAAUGCCUGCACAUCCUACCUGUGUGGCUGGGUCUGUCGCCUAAGGUGCAUCCACCCCUAGAAUCCCAACCGCUUGCCAAGAAUCCACAAGCAACUCGGCAGCCCGACAUCGCGGCAGGGGCAACAUCACCGUCGUGUGCGUUCAGUGAUUCGGAGAAGCUCCGGAAACGAGCACAUCGAUUAUUGACUUGCAUUGGCGAGCAAGUGAUGAAACCCCUCUGUGGAACUCGACCCGAUGGUAAUCCAUUAGCUUCUUCUGCCCCCACUACUACUAUGGCUGUCGAUGAAGGUUCUCAACGGCCCCCUCAAGACGAUGUAAGAAGCGUAAUGUGUGCUCGUGCUGGUAUGGCCAUGAAACAGGUCGAGACGGGACUGGUCAGUGCCAAUCGUAUGUGUUGUUUCGGCGGUGGUCCCACGGAGUCCUCGCUACAGCAGUGUGGAGAGGGCAUUCUGAGACUGUCCGCUGCGGUUUCGGCACUGUCGGCCGCUAUAGGUCUCAAUGGCACCCUUUCCAAUGGCAGUACGGCGGCAGCGGCGGCAACUCCGAGAGAGGCCAGCGAACCACAAUGUGUAACACAGGUUUCGAGUUUUGUUCGACUGCUGCGACGCGUACACGGCCAACUCCAGUUUGCAGCCACUUUCCCGAGUUUGAUAAGCGGAUUAGGAAACUCUACUACUCGCUUAGCAACUAUACUAGAGGAUAUGAUCAAAAGUACUGCAAGUUUGGAUUCCGAUCUUGCUCCUGCAGUGGAGCAGGAAGGCAGCCAGAGCACUACAGAUGCGAACAUGGUCAGUUUCCUGCGUCUUCUAUCGUUCCUGACUUGUGAUUCGCUCUUCCCCAUGUGCUCUCGCACGGCAGCAGACUCGCCGCUAACUCGUGUACAGCCCUGUGCGCAGCAAUGCUUCCCUAUCGCGUCGCUCCUCACCAGUCUCAAGCCGUUCGUCGACACGGCCAAGGUGCCCGAGCUGCAGUACCUGAGUGUGAUAACGUCGGACUGUGGUGUGACGUCACGGGAGCAACAGCCCCCUGUGUGUAUGGUGAUGAGUUGUGGCGCGAAUGGUGGUGGCAAGGUGCAAGGUUCAACACCAUGCAAGUCGCUAGCCGUGCCUUCUCUUGUACUGGAAAUGGCCAAGGGCGCUGGCGAAGAAGCUGCUGCUUCUCGCGCACAGCCGCAGGGGUUUUGUAUGAACUUGGAGUGCCACGCACCAUUGAAAGCUACAACCGAGAAGAGUCACUGGGACAGGAGAAUAGCUGGGUCCCUGGAGAAAACUCACCAUUUGCUCGGUUCAUACUUCCCAGAGGCGAAGCUACCUUUCAACGACAGCUUGCUAGCAUGUGGACAGGCGUGUACGACAGUGGGCUUCAGCAGCCAACAGCAGAAAGUUGCUCGCUACAUUCUGUCGCUGGGCAGCAUCGGCACGGAGAUCUUCACCAUCGUCGCCCUGCUGGCUUUCUGGUUCAAUCGUGCCACGCUAGGGAAGGUGUUAGUGCGGCGUCUCGUCCUCUACUUCAAUAUCAGCUCGGCAGUGACUGUCAGUGUCUUUGUUCCGGUGGCGUUUGCCGAUGUGGAAAGCUUCGUUUGCCACGAAGACGGUACUCGCCGCCUGAAAGAGCCCAGCUCUAGUGCCUUGUGCGUCCUUACUGAGUCACUUGCUCACCUGGGAAUCAGCAUGACUGGCCUGCUGUUUCUCUCAUUCACGCACGCGUGGUUUGACCUGAUCCGAUCUCUCAACACACCGGGCACCUCUGCCAGGGCACACAAGAUGACUGCCCGCGCCGGCCUCGGCGGAGGCCUGCGCGACUCACCCUACCUGAUGGACGCGAUGUACAUUGGUGGCUCACUGCUCAUCUCCUUGAUCUUUGUGCUCAUAGUGCUGGUACGGCGAGGUAUCGAGGGAUCGCCUCUGUAUGGGAUCUGCAUGGCUCGGCAGGACGGCUUCUUUCUGGAGUUUGUCAUCGCCCCGCUGGCUGUUUCUCUUGGCAUUGGCUCAGUGUUCCUAGUAUUCGGCUUGUACCAUCUUGCACAGCACCGUAAGAAGGAACAGGAGAGGCACAUGCGUCGCCAGGCAGAAGCCGUGGCAGCCUCUAACACGGCCGAUGAGAAGGCCAGUAAAGGUCACACAGUCAUCUCAUGGUCAUCGUCCGGUAUGCCGUCUAGAACCAAGCGACACACCAGCGGCAGCACAUCGUCCAGCACUGCCGGGUCAUCGACACGUGCAGCUUUCCGCCGCCUCAUUCACCAGAUGCUCUUCUACAUCUUUGUGGUGUUUGUCAAUAUCGUGGCAAUGUUGGUACUCGGUGCCUACAUUGGCUUGCACCAGGGUGAUUGGACCAAGCAGACAACAGCACAUCUCGAGUGUAGGAUGAGUAGCUGUGAUCCAGACCAGUGCCCGCCAUUGCCCGACCUAUCACUGGGAUUCUUCUUAGCGCCGUUUGCCAUCGGCUUCUUCUCCUCCAUGAUCCUCUGCUCCUGGGCGUUCUCGUGGAAGCUCUGGUCUGGUGUGUUCGGCAGAAGCUCAGCGGAGCCGAGAAGCGAUGGUAUCUUUGCUUCCAGCAAGUUCGAUGCUAGUCGUACCCAGGUAGCUGAGCCGGUGGUGCGACCAGAUCUAUGUCGCCAGGAUACCCACGAGGUGAAGAUCCCCUACAGUCCGAGGCGCAGCGCAGUAAGCGGCGACUUUGAUGUGGGAACGGGUAGCUCUUCUCCGCCAAGUUACAGCAGUUCAUCGCCGGUGUCCUGUAACACGGCCACACGAAUCAUCAAGAACACAACAUUGUAAACAGAAUCCAAUCACUUUCCUCCCCAAUACCAGUCCAUCGAUGAACUACACGAUAGUUUGAUCUUGAGAGUCAUGAUAAUAUUUGUUGAAUCCGGCUUGCAACAGCACUUUUCCCCAUGCCAUGGACUAAUAUGCCUGCUAACUAAAAUCUCUACUGUGUACAUAGACAUGAGGGCUAUAUCUGUGUUUCUCCAGGAGGGUAUUAUUAUUGUAGUCACUCUCAAUACUGUUGCACAUUGGUAAGCAGCAGUCUUGCCCCAGCCUUGUCCAAUGGUCAGAUUUGAUGUUCUGCCCAUCAUGAGAAUACGCUUGACGUUCUGCAGUCGAGAGAAUAUUUUCAUGCAUUUAUCGUUACACCAAGAGUCUGGGGUUUUGGACUCUUGGAUACACUGAUGUACAUUUCAUAACUUUUCUUCAGUACUACAUUGGGUUUAAGGUUAUUAUCAACAGUAGCACAUUCGCUUCUUUUAUUGAUUGUCCUUCUGACGCCAGUGACAGUAAGUUUUAUUUCUCCACAAGAUGGAGCUCACACUUUAUCCUUGAUGA